GCAUCGUCAAACAAUCUUGAAUUCUUCAUCGUUCGUGGUGCAUCAUGUCUACUUUCAUCAAGCGAAACAUUAAAAAUAAGGGCGCCAGAAAGCGGAAACAGUCCUCCGAUUCUGACGAAAAAGAAGAAGAAUCGUCGGUGGUUGUGACGCACGAUAAACGAAAGAAAGCGAACCCGAACGUUCAGAGCACUACGGCGGUAAGAAAGGCUCAGAGUAAAUCAUUGGACGCCAACUCAUCGAAUUCGGACGAGGAUGAGGCAAGCAUCGUAGUCAGCUACAAGUCGAAGCGGACUGCUCAAUCGGAAGGGCCACGCGAUCAAGGUGCCACGGCAGAGCUGGAAAUCGAAACCGAAACAGAUAAAGAUGCACAGGCAAUCUACCAGAAGAGCAUUGACAUCAACAAGGAGCUGGAAGGCAAGGAAGAUGACAAGGUGUACCGGGGGCUAAACAACUACACGCAGUUCUUCAAGAAGAAAGACAGCGCCCUGGGCAACGCAGCAUCCGGUAUGGUACGCAAGGGACCGAUCCGGGCACCGGCAAACAUUCGGUCCACCGUCCGGUGGGACUAUCAGCCAGACAUUUGCAAAGACUACAAAGAGACGGGUUAUUGCGGUUUCGGUGAUAGUUGCAAGUUUUUGCACGAUCGUAGCGAUUACAAACACGGUUGGCAGCUGGAACAGGAAGGUUCCAGCACGGGAAAAUCGUAUGCGGCAGAUGAUUCGGACGGAGACGACACCAAGUACGAGAUUCAUUCGGACGACGACGAACUGCCGUUCAAGUGCUACAUUUGUCGGGAGAGUUUUGUCGAUCCCAUUAUGACCAAGUGCAAGCAUUAUUUCUGCGAACGGUGUGCAUUAGCUCAAUACAAGAAAUCUUCUCGGUGUGCGAUUUGUGGCGUGCAGACCAAUGGUGUUUUCAAUCCUGCAAAGGAACUCAUUGCUCGAUUUAAGACGCGAGAAAUGGAAGGGAACAAUUCCGAUAGUGACUAGAUUAAAAUAAACAAAUGUACGAACAA